UUGCUUUUUAAAAAUAUUCCAGCAUAUAGAAGUAGCCGCAGCAAGCUUUAUGUACUGAGGCACGUGUUUACGAACCGUUAUUUUACAGUACCACUUUUUUAUAUUUUAAGAGUGGUAACAGAGGCCGGCGAGGAGAUGCUGACGCCUUUGGAAUUGAAAACUGGUAAAUCAAAUGUUAACACAGAGCAUGCUAUGCAAGUUAUGCUUUAUUGUCUCGCGUUGACCUCUAAGCAGGAUAAAAUUGGGAGCGGUUUGCUGUUUUAUCUGUUAGACGAAGUAUCGCGAGCGGUGGUUCCGAAAAGCGCCGAUCUCAAAGGCAUCCUACAUUUGCGCAACGAAAUUGCUGCUAGUAUGAGCAGCAUAUCUUUUGAUUCUCUACCAGAGCCACUUGUGGAUACACGUGGAUGCAGCUGGUGCAGUCAUGCCUUGUCGUGCUCUCUGCUACAGUGCAGUUCGGGAUCACAUGUGACGGAUAGUUUCUUCAAAAAGCAACUCGAACAUCUUAGCCCAGCGCACAUUGAAUAUUUCAUCAAAUUUGCCCGAUGGACACUUGUGGAGACAGAGUUUUUUGAUGAACAGUUGGAUUCAAUGAGCGACGGAGUUAUGCUGCUCAUUUUAUCUGCUGACAGUAAAAUUAUUACAACGGCAUCUGUUAUUUUAGCGAAAGGUGCGUUAAAUCUUCGUUUUUUUUUUCUUCGAAAAGUGGCAAUUACUCUGUCAGUUGGGCUCAUCCCUUCAUUACACUUUACAGGACCUAAUCUUGAUGUGGUCGCAAACUGCAGGAGCGAUGCAUUUGUGGUAGGAGCUGUUUAUCAGUUGAAGAAGCAUGAUAGUUCUUCUACGUUUACUAUAAAUCUCGGGAAUCUAGUGAUGUUGAUGCGAGACAGCAAACAAAUGGCAAAAAUGCGAUCGUUGCUGAUUGAUAUGAGAGCACCCAGCUUCUCCAAAAUGCGAAAAGAAGAUAUUUCUAUUAUUUCCGAAGUCGUAAAACAGUUGAAUGGUGAUCAAGCGCGAGCCGUUGUUAAAUGCCUUAUGGCUAAGGAUUUUGCUGUUAUCGAGGGUUUCCCUGGAUCAGGUAAGAGACUGUGCUCGUUGAAUCAAAGACAAUUUAGGAAAACUGCAUGAAA